AUGAAUCCUGCCGUCAGCAAUUUGGUGGUCAUGCUUGUCAUGAUGCAGCUCGCUAGAAAAAUAAACUUCGAGGACCCAGAUAUUCUCUUUUAUGUGCGUGUUGGUUACUUGUCGUGCCAGGCUAUUGCCUUUCUCAUCUACCUUAUCACUCGGGCAAAGAUCAAUGCUAAGAACGAUUUGACUACACUUAAGUAUGUGGAACCAGCCAACCCUCUUGGAGGAGCCGCCACAGAGAAGGCUGUUGUUACUACCGUCAAGGAUUAUGACUUGCAACAAGUCAAUGCGCAAAUCAAGUCAAUCUUCACCUCCAUGGCGAUGAUGGGAUUCAUGCACAUUUACAUGAAAUACACUAACCCCUUGUUUAUGCAAUCUGUGACUGCCGUUAAGUCUGCUUGUGAGGCCAACAUCGUCAAGAUUCACCUUUUUGGUACACCUGCUUCGGGUGACUUGAAGAGACCUUUCAAGGCUGCUCCAGGUUUCAUGCAAGCUUUGUCUGGUGCCCAAGACAUCAAGACCGACAAGCAUUCGGUGGAGGCUGCUGAGGUCAGCGGCACUGGAGGCAUCAAGGAGGAUUAA